GAACUCUUCCGCCUUCAUCUCGCUGUCCGAAUCAUCACUAUGCCUAGCAAGGUCUUUAAGCGUCGAACUAGUCUUUUUGGGUUUCGAUUCGCUUUCGAUAAGUUUUACUACCGCUUCCGAGGUCAAGCGUCCCUCCACUUCGGCACGGAGGUGCGCGUUGUCUAUAGUGGAAAACUUUCGGAUGAUGAAUUUGGCGUCGAAACCUGUAAUGCACGGGUGAAUUUUGUGUCGAAUCAUUUUGUCGACGAAGGCUUCCUCGCCGAUGUGCCUGAAUGGUGGGUCAUUCAAGACAGCGUUUAGGAUGCGCUCGAGGAGAAGAGGGCGUUGCGCUGAUGUGAUGGGUCCGGAGAAGUCGAAUUCAUCCCAGGGCAAGCUUUCCGAUAGAUCCUCAAAUAUUAAGGAGCCUUUGAGCA